CAAAGGUGGUUUAGAAGUGGGUAUCAUGGGAAAGGCCUGUUACCAGGUACAGCCUAGGUAGGAGGGGGGAGGAGGGGAGAGAAGUACUAUGUAGGUUAUGUAGCAUGUAGCUUUACGACAACCUUAUUAAUGAUGCCAGAAGCUAAAGUAAGCAAUUCCCAAGCAACCAUCCCCACCCAAUGGCGCCGUUAGCCUUUGCUCCCCGUCAUCUACCUGGUAGAGACGAAUAUAAAGUCAACUGGAUUCCUCUCACAGAUAUGGAUAGCUUGGUCUGACCUUCUUCCCAUAACUCACAAGCUAGAAGUAACAUUUAAUAUUGUUUCCUCUGCCCUCGAAUAUCCAUAUCUUCUCCCAGUCAACUCAACUUAAGAUACCCAAUUCGUUUUCGUUUUAAUCUUCAACAUGGCUCCCAAGAUCGCUAUCGUCUACUACUCCACAUACGGCCAUGUCCGUAAGUUGGCCGAGGCCGAGAAGGCCGGUAUCGAGAAGGCUGGCGGCACUGCCGACCUCUUCCAGAUCCCCGAGACCCUCUCCAAGGAGGUCCUAGCCAAGCUGUACGCUCCCGGCCCGGCCACGGACGUGACCGUGCUCUCCGACCCGUCUACACUGGAGUCCUACGACGCCUUCCUCAUCGGCAUCCCCACCCGCUACGGCAACUUCCCCGCGCAGUGGCGCGUGUGGUGGGACCAGACGGGCAAGCAGUGGCAGUCGGGCGGCUUCUACGGCAAGAUGGCGGGCCUGUUCAUCUCGACGGCCUCCCUCGGCGGCGGCCAGGAGUCCACCGCGCUCGCCGCGAUGUCGACGUUCGCCCACCACGGCAUCAUCUACGUGCCCUUCGGCUACGCCAAGGCGUUCGGCGCGCUGACGGACCUGUCCGAGGUCCACGGCGGCGGCCCCUGGGGCGCCGGCACCUUCUCGGCCGGGGACGGCUCGCGCCAGCCGAGCGAGCGCGAGAUCUCGAUCGCCGAGACCCAGGGCGCCGAGUUCUACAAGACCGUCGCCAAGUACACGUCCGGCUCCGCGUGACUGCAUGACAGUGCCGCCGGGAAGAAGGAGGAGGAGGAGACGAGCGCAGCCGCCGCUGCUGCUCAACCCGCUGCCACUGCUACGCCGACGCAAGGAAAGAAUGAAGUCAAAGAAGGAAGCAGGUCCAGCGGGGAGGGCCCUUGCGGGCUGCCCAAGAAAUGCGUAAUACUAU